AUGGCAUUUCAAGAAAGUGUGCUUCCUUUAUUAAAGAACAACGAGCCAGGAUUUACAUUCUACGUCGAUGUGCCACCAUACUUCUCUGCUGCUAUUCCUCUUCAUUCGCAUGCUUCGUCUGUUACUGUGUUCAACGAAUUGAACUUCUCUGAAUGGCACGAACAAGUCCAGUUCCACUUAAGUGUGAUGGAUCUUGACUUGGCUCUGCUGAAUGAUAAGCCUAAUUCCAUUACUGAGUCGAGCAGUGCGGAUGAGAAGUCUUACAUAAAGCAUGGGAACGCUCAACAGGCUGAGCCUUAUACAAAAAGUGCCAGGGAAUACCUGAAGUUUGUGGAAGAACGUUUUCCUUCUGUAGAUAAGUCUCUCGCUGGUACACUAAUGGCUGAACUCACGACCAUGAAGUUUGAUAGGUCGCGUAGUAUGCAAAAUCAUAUCAUCGAGAUGACUAACAUUGCAGUAAAACUUCAGACCUUGGGGAUGAAAGUUGAUGACUCCUUCUUGGUUCAGUUAAUUCUGAACUCGUUGCCUCCUGAGUAUGGACCUUUUCAAAUUAACUAUAACACUAUUAAGGAUAAGUGGAAUGCUAGUGAAUUGUCCAGUAUGCUUACUCAAGAGGAGACAAGACUUAAGAAACAAGGGAGUCAUUAA